AUGUCUAAUCUAACGCUAUACUCGACCAGCGCCAUCCUGCUUCUAGACGCCUCGGAUGGAUCGCGCAUCGUAGCAAAGUAUUACGAACCUCCUCAUGCACAGCCUCAAUCUCAAUCCGGCGCUCCAGCACAUGCGACAGCGAGCGGCUUACCUCCUCAAUUGAACGCCAAGAACAACUUUGCGACGCUGAGGGAACAAAAGGCUUUCGAAAAGGCUGUUUGGGAAAAGACUAGACGGGCUGCUGGUGAGUGCUCGGCUUAGUCUCGCAUUGCGGUAUGGUGUGGUGUUGCGAUUAGGCCGACGUAUGCUGGUCACAUGAGCUGCAUAGGGCAACGCAACGCGACAGUCGACCAGUGUGACAUUAACAACGAAACUUUUCCGCAGGCGAUGUGAUUCUCUACGAUUCGCACCUCGUCCUCUUCCGAGCUUCUUUGGACGUCAUACUCUACGUCGUGGGUCCUCAGGGGGAGAAUGAGCUGAUGCUCUCAUCCCUGCUCUCGAGUCUGUACGACUCCAUCGCUGCCCUCUUGCAACACGGCCAGAUCGAUCGACGUGCGGUUCUAGAAAAUUUGGAUUUGGUAACGUUGGCCAUCGACGAGAGCGUGGAUGAUGGGUGAGUCGUGAUGCGUCGUGUGACGUACGGAAAGACGCAUGAUGACCAAUGGCCAUGCUGAAGCGAUCCUUCCACCUCCCAAAUGCUGCCGUUGGUGGCAAAUGAUCAGAAUCAUAUUGGAGAUGGAUAGCAUGACGAUCGCUUCUAGAGUCUCUAGACCUCGUCCAGACGUGACAGAGAUGCCGCAAAUCAACGAGCAAACCUUGUCCAACUUUUACUCUUCCGUGAGUGUGCGGGCGAUGAGCCGGGGGCGGGACGAGAGGUUGGUUGAAAGACGUGGUCAUGUCAGAUCAUGUGAGGGCUAUGCUCAUCGUCGAGGGAGGACAAAGCAAGGCUACUCGAGUCGUUGUACGUGGCGGUGGGUGAUUGGAAAGCAGCCGAGUGUGCAAGACAGGGGCAGAGCAUGAUCGACGUGCUUUGGCUUGUCCUACCCCGUCUGGGCAAGAGGUGCCUGCCACGCGUCAACGCAAUUGUCCAAUUACCGAUCUCUCCACUGAACCCAAACAUGCCCACUACGCUCUCACCUAUACAGGUCAAAGAAAGAGUGGCACAGCGGAUCUUGCAGGGUGGGAUUUAG